GCUACUUACACAACCUCACCUCAAAGUUACCACAAGGUUUCCAAGUUGCCUCUCUCCCUCUCAGUGGCCACUUUUCAUGAUCAAAAUACAUGACUCUUCGGAGACUGGACUCAUUACGCGAUCAUUUGCGCUGUCUGACGUGCUGAACAUCGGCUAGUGCGUACCUUAAGUUCCAGGACCAAUCAACAAGAACCCGUCACGGGCAAGCCAUGGAUCGUCGCAUAAGAGGGUAUGCCGUCCGGGUGAACACACAUUGACUCUGUCCCUAAUACUCUACGCCGCUGCAAAAAUGGCCGUGUUACUCGCUCCGUACAACGACGCGAUGCGGCUUGGGAUGGGCUUCAACUCCUUCACCCAACAGCUGUGCAUCAAUGACGCGGUUACGCUGGAGGGUGGUGUGCGCGCGUCUGCGAGCGCUGAGCGGAUUGCGCGACCGCAGUACAAGUUCGGGCAAAUGACCGGCUUGGAUGGUGGGAACGUGGACAUCAGUCAAGACGUGACAUGGACCGCCAAGUUCGUGGACAGAAUCAGCGAGGUUUCAGACAGCCUGAACGUCAGCGGGUCCUUGCAGAUCAAAUGUGACGCAGUUGGCGGUGGCGGAAAGGCCUCCGCCUCGUUCAUCGACACGAACAAGUUCCAAGAGAGCGAUAUCAACUAUUUCAUCCAAGUGCGCGUCACGAACCAGCUGCGCACGGCACCCGAUCUCAUUGAAUUCGCUCCUAUACCGUAUUUGCCUGCCUCAGAAUUCAACCGCGUGUAUGGGGACUCCUUCAUCUCCGGUUUCACUGAAGGCGGCGAAUUCAACGCUCUCAUCUCCAUCAAGCUGAAAGACCGCUCGAAGACGAAGGAAAUCAAAGGGGACCUCGAGGUUAACAUGAACUUCUCGGCGGUCUCGGUAUCUGGGAAGGGCGCGUUGGAGAAGAAGGACGCGAGCAAGGGGAUCGAGGGGGAGACGACCAUUGCCGUUUCUUGGAAGGGCGGUGGAGACAUCAAGGAUGCGACGGUCUCGGACUGGACGCUCUCCUCGCUGAAGAGUGUGGCAAUGGAGUUCCCAGAACAUGUGAUGGCAUGUCCCCUCAAAACAAACGCCAUACUGACAAAGUACACGAGUUUGAAGAGUUUCUACACGAAGAGUAUCCAGGGGUCUCCGCUGGACUACGAGAAUGCUGGGGUAUACUCCUCUGCGCUCCUCGAUGCUUACAUGGACUACAAAGUUAUGUGGCGCAACAUCCAGCAAGCGACAUGGGAAAUCGAACAGAACCAGACAGGAACACUCACCAACGACUCUUCCACGCAAUUGAAAGAGCUGGCAACUGGGGCCAAGGCCAAUUACGAGGCGCAACUGGCGAAAUACAAAGCGAAGCGCGCCCGACUGGAGCAACAAGCAAGGGAACAAAGUGCUCUAGCACAGCCUUCGAACCCUGUUCCUAGCAGCGGCAGCACUUUGCUCAUCGAGAACAAGCCCAUCCAGAGCAGUAGCCCUCAACCUGACAAUGCUCCCUCUGAGGCGGUUAUUGCUUCUGCACCUUUGCCGACAUCAGUAUCCACAGUGCAGGCACCAGUAUCCUCAGUGUCGACACCAACUACGACAGUGCCAGCUCCAGUGACGCCAGCGCCGGCACGCGUAGCCCCGUAUGUUCCUCCUCUACUGAUUGGGAUCGAAGCCGAAGAGCCGCUGCCUCCCAACGACCUCAAUCCAUACACCUACACCACGUUUUCACUCGACAAGGCCCGGAGAGACUGUCGGUUCGAGAUGAUCAAGAUCGUUCGCGAAGUAGAUGCCGUCGCUGCUGAUCCCAAAGUUGCUUGUGAUCCGGAUCGUUCCUGGCAGUAUCUCAGCCCGGCCGUAUUCCGCAUUCUGCUUCCAGACUUCGCCAAGGUACGCGCUGACGCUGAAGCGGCCAAAGCGGCGGCCAAAGCCAAGCUGCUGCUCGAUGAGAAGCAGAAAAAGGAACUCGCUGCUGGCGUUCCUCAGACAGAAAAGGACAAAGAGAUUGAAAAACUUGAGCUCGAGCUCAAGGAUGCAAAGUACAAGCGGCUAAUGGCUGAACGUGAGGUGGCCGCGAUGCGAGCGGCGGUGGGUCCCAUAGAAACUUUGAAGAGUCCGCAUAUUCCUUGGUGUCCUGUACCAGUUCGCACUCCCAUCCGACUUUUCAACGCGUACACGAAACAGUGCCUCCAAUACUCCAAUUUCCAGCGCGCUCGACAAGAUCCGCCGAUAUUGUCCCAAGCCAAACCGGUUCUGAACGCCGACCAACGGUUCUAUAUCUGCCCAGUUGGCCCGCGAGCAUUUUCGAUCCUCCACAUCGCAGCCGACAUGUUCCUGGCGACCGCCAGCCAGGAUUCGGACCUGAUCACGAUGGCUGAGUUCCCUACCUUUGUCUCAUUCGAGCCGACGCCCGGAAUCGGGAACCCCGCUACAAUGACGUUGAUACAUCUGGCUGACACGCCCGGCCAUACGAUCAGCCUGAAUUACGACGGCAACAAGCUCAUCAAGAACACAAGGAAUAAGUCUGAAAUUGACAGCUGGAUUAUCAAGGACUGGAAUGAACUCGCCGCUUGACGCGUGUGCUUCACGCCCCCGAAGCUGUACUCUAUAGCACAUGCACAAACAUGUAACGAUAACGCGAUCACGUGUAAAUCACUAAUUGCCUCUUCCUGGUACUUUGCCC